AUGAGUCUGAAGCUGAUGCAGCGGGAAAGGGUUCUAGCGAGAAGGAAGGUUGACUCACGGUUGGAAGCUUACGAGUUAGACCGGAACAGACCAUUGAUGGACCAAAAGACCAUUGAUGACAGGGUGAAUGCUUUACUGGAGAAGUGUUUGAAAGAUCUGGGGAUUGGGAAAAUUCCCGAAAACCAUGAUAACCCCUCUCCACAAUUAUCAGAUAACUCGUUAUUUAUGGCAUCACUGGUGGUUCGAACGCAUCAGAAGUAUGUCAAUAGUCCAGCGUUAGUAGCUGCGGCUCCUGGUAAGGAGUUUGGACCGAAAAAGAAUUUGGCAAAGGAGCUUGAAAAGGAAUCAGAGGUGAAAAGGACUUUGGAUGAGGAGUAUGGUAGUGUCGAUAAAGCUACUGAUAUGCGGCCUCUUGAUUUUGUAGUAGUUUCUCCUGUAAAGGCUACUAAGGAUGAUAACGCUACUAAGAAUGAUAAGGAUGCUAAGGAUCCAGCCUAUGGAUGCGGCUGCAGGCGCAAACGUAUUGUUAAGGGUGAGGAAGCCGAUGUGAAGGAAAAAGCAGCGCAGGCAGAUGCUGCGUUUAAGAGGAAGGAGAAGGCUGAGAAGAAACAAGAGGCUGAGCUAAAGAAGCAAAAACAGGCUGGGUCAAAGUACAAAAAGGUGACUCCACCGCGUGACGGUGUAACAAGAUGCAAGGUACAACCUGCUGUAGAGGACAGUUCAUUGGCUGAUAUAACUGACGAAGUUGUUGCAGAACAGAACGAAUUCGCGCCGGAGUCUGAUGUCGAGAAUUCUGAAGUGGUUAGAUCUGCCAUAAUUAAGGACUACCGGGAGAAAAAUGUUCGGUUAACUCCAAAAAGGUUGUCAAUGACGGCAGGUUCUUCAUCAUUAGUUUUUCCGAACGUAGGACAUGAUGGAACGAUGUGCAUGAGGAAGAAUGUUACUCCUUCAUCAGCAAUAUAUGACCCUCUAGCACCUGUUGAUCCGGCGCUAUUGGAGAAACUUAUGCAACACAUCAAGGCAAUUCCACCCAAACCACCAGCAGCACCAGGUAAAAAAGAAGUACUAACAGCUGAUCAUGAGAGUGACUUCUACAGCAUACUCAUCCAUGAGAGACCGUGGCCGGAGAAUGAGUAUGGAUGGGUGUUUGACAAUCAUGUCGUGGCGUAUAUGAACGUCUUCAUGAAAAGGUCCACGCGAGAGCCCACUCCAUUCUGGUCCAAGCGGAUUGCCUUCGUUGACGUUUGGUGGCAAAAAAUUUUGAUUCACGAUUACACUCAGUUCAAGAUGAAACCCACAAUGUUCAUGUUCAAAGGCAAUGAUUAUGAAGAUAUGAUAUAUGGUAGGAUUCCCGAUCAUUGUCGAACAAACUUGAAGUGGUAUGAAGAUGUGGAUCACUUGUACGGAUGUCUUCAAACCGGCGGAAAUCACUGGGUUGUGUAUCACGUGGAUCUAAAGAAGGAGAAGAUUGAUUGCUACGAUCCAAUCUUUGGAGAGGUAACACUCGAAAGUGAGCAGAGAAUUCUGAAUUCAUUUAAACCGCUGACGCACAUGAUUCCCGCUAUGUUGAGUGCACAUAUUUCUGCCAAUAUCCGACCCAUUAGCAGGAAGAAGUUCUCAUUCAGAAGGAGGAGCAAAAGAUACACUCUACAAAACACCCAGGUUGGCGAUUGUGAGGUGUAUUCGUUGAAGUUUGUGGAGUGUCUAGCUGUUGGUGUAACGUUUGAUGGGAUAAACGAUCAAAAUAUUCAAGGUUUACGGAUGAAGAUGGCAGCACUGAAGGAGGAAAUGUUGUGA